AUAAUUGUUUAUUCGUUUGUAAAUCAUGGAAUUAUAUGGUAACCCCUUUCCUAUAUAAAUCUCUUCAAAUUUGUCCUUUACCUCAAAAUUUUCCAAUUGAAAAAUUUGGUCAUUAUAUAAAAGUACUCGAUUUUUCUUCAUCAAGUUACGAUAAGGUAGAUAAAGUAACUGAUGUUUUAAUUCAAACCAUAGCUAUGGCUUGUCCUCGUUUAAGGUGUAUUAAUCUCAAUGGUUGUAAACAUUUAUCUGAUUCUUCUUUAGAAGCUAUUUCAAAAAAUUCUUGUUCUUCCUCUUUAUUAUCAAUUAAUUUAUCUGGUUGUAGAAAGAUUACUGAUAUUGGUUUAAAACAUUUAUCAAAAUCUUGUCAUCAUCUCACUUCAUUAAAUGUGGCUGAUUGUGGUAAAAUAUCUGAUAAAGGUGUAAUAUAUAUAGCGAAAGGUUGUCCCGGAUUAAGACAAAUAAGAUUAUCCGAUUGUCCAAGAGUAACAGAUCAAUCUAUUGAAAUUUUGGUACAAAAUUGUACUAAAUUAUGUUGGUUAGAUAUUGCAAGAAUAGGUAGAAUUACUGAUUCUUCCGUAAGAAUUAUAGCAAAUUCUUGUAAAGAAAAUUUGGAACGUUUAAAUUUAGCGAGACCUUCUCCUUUAGAAGUUCUUUAUUCUUCCGCUCUCGCUAGUCCUUCACUUCUACCUAUUACAUAUAUUAAUGAUGAUAUUUCCUUUGAUGGUGAUGGUGAUUAUCAUGACGUGAUCAGGAGUGUUAGGAGUGAUACUGAAAUAACUGAUGAAUCAAUAGCUUUAUUAACAAGACAAUGUCCGAAUUUACAAUUAUUAGAUUUAUCUUACAUGAAUUCCAUAACAAAUUAUUCGAUAGAAUCUAUAGCAAAUAAUAGUUUUUCUUUGGUUUGUUUAACUAUAAUAGGUUGUAGAUUUGUAACAUGCGAUUCAUUAAGAUAUUUGGCUCAAUUAAGACGUAAAUCUGGUCAUUUAGGUUGUAUAACUAUGGGUGAUGCUGCUGGAAUAACUGAAAAAGAUAUUGAAAGUAUUACAAAUGAACCGGAAGGUCUUUUGUCCGGUUGGCAGAAAAGUUCUGUAGAUGAAGAUAGUUUAAAAGAAAUUUUAGGCGGUGUUAGUUGGGAUUAUACAUGUUGCCGAAAUAUUUCGGCUAUUUCGCCCACAUGACAAACUGGUCAAAGCAAAAUCAUCUGAUUUCAUAGAUCUGGCUGAAAUUAGGCUUCAAAUAGGUUAAUCCGGGUCUGAAGAACCUAUGAAAGAACUUUUGAGGAAUUUCGACCAACUUACAUAAUUUCGGCAGGGCUCUGGAAUUUCGGACAACCUAUAUUUAAUAUAUGGCCAAAACUUUAAAGUCCGAUUCGAAAUUAUUACAGAU